AACAGGAAAACAAACUCGGGUCUCCUGAUAGCAUUUGAAAACAGGAUCCGACCGGUAAGAAUGAUGGAUAUUCUAGAUCCUCCGGAAGAUUAACAAGCUGCUCGUGACUGUCCAAGUGUCCACAAUUGGACGGAUGAAGCGCACUGGGAGAGAAAUCUCUUCUAUAACACGGCGAUUGCGAUUACGACCUUCAAUUCCUUCUGGUUCGAUCAGCUCUAUACUGCGUCCCUUAUCUAUCUCCCGUGACGAUCAACCAUCAUGUUCUUCCAGGUAAAGCUGUCCUUCUUGCUUUAUCUCCAGCUUUCAGGCUAAACCCAAUAGCUGCCAGUGAAAUUGGUUGUGUACUGCAUAGUACUGUCUCUUGGUUGUUUGGUGAAGUAUAGACUUUCUCUGUUGUCUGUGUGUUUUUGUUUUUUUUGAAACAAGAGAUCAAAGGAAUGCUGAAAGAUGUGUUUGAGCAUCUGGAGAUUUUACACUGAAAUACAAAAGAUCUUAGCAUUUAUAGAGUUGAAGUACUUCUUUGAAGAAACAGGUUCAGAGCCUCCUGAAGACAACAUAACAUUGGCUGACACUCUUAAGAUUCAAAAUGGGCAGGGAAAUUCCAAGUUUCUAUUUCUUUCGAUUUAUGAUCAGUCGGAGGAUGGUUGAUCUCUAUCUUUCUUGAGCUUGUUUGGUUUGUUUCAUACCGCACUAGUGCAGGCGAUACAUUUAUCUUUUUAUGGCUUCUAGAGGAAAUGUCCUGAUGGAAAGAUAUGAAUUAGGGAGAUUUCUAGGCCAAGGCACAUUUGCCAAAGUUUAUUAUGCCAGGAAUCUCAUAACUGGGGAAAGUGUUGCUAUCAAAGUCACAGACAAGGAAAAGAUUUUGAAAGUUGGACUUGUGGAUCAGAUCAAACGGGAGAUAUCCAUUAUGAGACUAGUGAGGCAUCCUAAUAUUCUGCACCUUUAUGAAGUCAUGGCCACAAAAACCAAGAUAUAUUUUGUCCUUGAACUAGCCAAAGGGGGUGAGCUAUUUGACAAGGUGGCCAAGGGGAAGCUGAAAUUAUCCAUAGCAUGGAAAUAUUUUCAUCAGUUAAUAAAUGCUGUUGAUUUCUGCCACAGUAGAGGUGUCUAUCACAGGGAUUUGAAACCCGAGAAUCUACUCUUAGACGAAGAUGGAAAUUUAAAAAUAUCCGAUUUUGGUUUGAGUGCACUUGCCGAGUCAAAGCAUCAAGAUGGGCUACUUCACACUGUUUGUGGUACCCCAGCUUACGUUGCUCCCGAGGUGAUCAAUAGGAAAGGUUAUGACGGGGGUAAAGCUGAUAUUUGGUCAUGUGGGAUCAUCCUGUUUGUUAUGCUUACCGGUUAUCUCCCUUUCAAUGACCCAAAUUUGAUGGAGUUGUAUAGGAAGAUAGGGAAAGCAGAGUUCAAAUGUCCCCACUGGGUUCCACCUGAGGUUAGGAGACUACUUUCAAGAAUGCUGGAUCCCAAUCCUACUACAAGAAUUUCAAUGGCAAAAAUUAAGGACUCCCUGUGGUUCAAAAGUGGGACCUCUUCCAAGUGUACUGAAAACAAGAACAUCAUAAGCCCAAUGGAGGUAAUUGGAACCUUGGAAGACAAAACUGAGAUGUCAUCAUCAAGAUUAUCAAACUUGAAUGCAUUUGAUAUCAUAUCACUUUCUGCUGGUUUUGAUUUAACUAGACUGUUUGAGGAACCUUGUGUGAAGAAAGAAGUUAGAUUCACUUGUAGGAAACCUGCAUCGGUGAUAAUCUCCAAGCUAGAGGAUUUGGCUAAGCGUCUGAAGCUGAAAAUGACCAAAAGGGAUGCAGGAUUGUUGAGGUUUGAAGGGGUGAAGGAGGGUAGGAAGGGCAUUUUAUGUAUAGAUGCAGAAAUCUUUGAGGUCACCUCUGAUGUUUUUCUUGUGGAGUUGAAGAAGGCAAAUGGGGAUACAUUGGAAUACCAAAAGGUAGUGAAUGAGCGGUUAAGGCCUGGCCUUCAAGAUAUUGUUUGGGUCUGGCAAUGUGAACCACAGUUGGAGCAACCAGUGGUGCAACAGGCUGAACAACUACCUUGAGGACCCGUCUGGCAGAAAUGCCUCUGUUGAAAAGUCUGAAAUGAGUCUACUUCAGCCAUUCAUGUAAAAAAUGAUUCGUUUUUCAUGGCAUACUAUGCUCCCCAAACAGGCCCUAAUUCUCAUUUUUGUACAUAUAUUCGUAUACUAAUGGCUAGUUUGUUUCCUGAUUUAUUUUCUUCACGUCUGUUAUCGACUGAUUUAUUUUGUGUACAUAUGUGUAAAGAAGUUAGAACAUGGGUUUGAUUUGUGAAAUGAAAAGUCGUAAGUUGAUGAUCUCUU